GAUAAAUACUAAAACGUUAAAUUAUCAUACUGUAGAUAAUUAUCGUAAUAAGUUUAAAUAUAACUGAUAUAUUACGGAAAAUAUAAAUUUAUUGCCGUACAUAAACAGCAAGUGUUGUAAAAAAAAGUUUUGCUAUAGGUGUUAGAACGUUAAUUGUGACAACAGGGAUUCAAAACGAUUAAUAAUAAUCUAAAGAAUGGAGGUGCAAGUAAAUUUAGCUGAUAAGCUAAAACCGUACGGCAUUGGUCGGCGCAGACUUGAUGACGUUUUCUUCAACGAUACGCCACCUUCUAGAUUAGGUAUAUAUGACGCAGACGAUGAAGAACUUUGUCAUGCUAUGGUACAGACAACGUGCACGGUUCCGGGUUGUAAUUUCACCGUGACCUCGUUACUGGACUACGAGAAUCACUAUAAUUCCUCACACAGAUACAGCUGUAUGCAAUGUAAGAAGGUGCUGCCGUCUCCUCAUCUGCUAGACUUGCAUAUACAAGAACAACACGAUUCAUUCUUUGCUGUAAUGGCUGUUAAGAAACCUUCUUAUUCCUGUUAUAUAGAAGAAUGUAAAGAGAAAUUUAUGAAUGCUGAGGACAGAUUAAACCACUGUAUCAAGACACACAAAUUGCCCAAAGAUUUUAGAUUCGAUCAAAAACCAAGAAAAAAGAAUAAAAGUAAUAAAAAUUCUAAAGCCAUGGAGAUAGACAUCGAUGACAUCCAAGCAGCUAGGAAGGAUUCACAGAAGUUAAUAUUCAAAAACAGUAAACAAAGAGGAUUUCAAAAAUAUUCUAUCAAGAAAUUUACCAGCGAUGACAAAGAUUCGAAAUCGGUAAACCUUGACCAAGUCAUGGCAGAUAUAAAAGAAAGUCUACCAUGAAUGUUUGAAAACAAUAUAUUUUAAGUGUUAAUAAAAACAAAAACUAAAA